CAAUAUGGCUGUUGCUGCUUUUUCUCAAGGCAGUAGUACAGGAUAGGACAUUGUUCUACAGGAGGUCUAAUGGAUAUAGUAUAUAUAUACAUAUUAUUUUUUUUCAAUUAAUUUGUACUAUAGUUCAAUCAUGAUUUUUUCGAGGUCAGCUAUUUAAUCGAGUUUUUCAUAACUUUUUACAUAAGAAAAAAGGUUGUGAUUGGAUGAUAAAACGUUGAUUGAAUUUAAUAAGUCUACAAUAAAAAACAAAGUCAAUUAAUAUUAGGAGAAAUUAUACAAAAAUCUAUUUUUAUUUGUUAAGGUAUAAAUAAAUAUUUUAUGGUGAGAUCAGAAUCAAUGAAUUUUGAUUAUCUACAUUGUUUCGUCUUAUAAUUAAAUUGUGAUUGCAAAGUGUUAAGUGUUGGAAUCCGAAAGAUACAUUUGAGACUGUGUUUGUGGUAAUUAUUGUUAUUACUCCAAAGCUGAUUUGACAUCAAACUAUUAUUAACCUUUCUUGUGAUAAAUCUACUUGUAAGAAUGAACUGUAAUAUUCUUCUACGAAAAAAAAUAUCAGUACAUGCAUAUCAUUCAAUUAUUUUUGAAUGUAAUGUCCGACAUAUGUAUGUCUUCAACUUGAAUAAGUAAAAAUAAAACGGCUCUGCUUUGAUGAGAAUGCAAUAUUAGAGAUAAAUAUGGAAGUUAUUAAAAUAUCACGAGAAAUUGUUUAUGAAGGAUGGUUAAUUAAAUCUCCUCCUACAAAACUUUGGAGAGCAGUGAGUAUUCGUUGGAGAAAACGAUGGUUCGCAUUACGUCACAGUGGUGAAUUACCAGGACAAUAUUUUUUAGAAUAUUACACUGACCGAAGAUAUCGUAAACUUAAAGGCCACAUUGAUCUAGAUCAAUGCGAACAAGUUGAUGCUGGUUUAAGGUUUGAAAAUCGAAAACAAAAAUAUCAGUAUAUGUUUAAUAUAAAAACACCAAAAAGAAUAUAUUAUCUAGUGGCGGAAAGUGAAGCUGAGAUGAACAAAUGGGUUGAUGCAGUAUGUCAAGUUUGUGGUCUAAAAGCAUACACUCAAGAUGAAGAACAGCCAUUAUUUCAGUUUGAACCUCAAGAAUCACCUCCGAUAUCACCGGCAAGCACAAUUUCUGGUCCUUAUAUACCGAUAAGCGAGUGUAUUUCAGGACGACGCUUGAAUGAUAGUUCAACUCAUUUACAAAUAACUCAUAAUAAUGAGCAUUACGAUGCUCCACGAAAACUUGUACCAUCUCCUCCACAAUCUCCAACUACCACAGAUGCAGAAAGUGUAUUCACUGAUGAUGAAUGGACAGCAUCAAUUCCAAACGUCAAUUGGGAUACUUUUCCAUCAUCAAGUGAUCUUAAACCUCCUCAUAGUUCGAUAGAUAUAGAUAUCAGUUCAUGGAAUAUUUGUAAGCGUUUCGGUAAACUAAAAAUGACUGAUUCUGCUUCAACAACUGGAGGAAAAUCUUCAAUACCACCUAGACCACCAAAACCAUCUCAUAUCAAUUCAGAAAACUCUGGGCACAAUUAUACAAAUUUAGAUAGCACGACUGAAAGUUCUAAACCAACUACACCGACAACACCAGCACCUUCUACACCUGCUAAAAUCGGCGAUGAAACUUAUGAUUUUCCGCGUCAUCAUCGAUCAAAUUCAACUAAUACAUGGAAUGCAAACAAUGUCGCUGAAAAUUUACCUAAACAUUUUUAUAGCAAUGCUGCACCGUCAAUCAUGGAUGAUGGUGUUUUUCGAUAUGAUUUCCACGAUGAUGAGCCAUCAAGUCCAUACUCCGAAAAUUCAACCACCGCAACGUAUUCUAAUCUAGCAAGUCCUUUGGUCAAAGAUGCACAAUACACACCAAGAUUUUUGUUACCUCCACCAAUUGUUAAUCGUGAAUUGAAACCAGGAAGAAAAAUGAGUGAUUCGAUUUCCAUUGGUAAAGAUGAAUUAACACCUGGAUCAAUUUCAUCUACAAAUGACACGAGUCCUGGAGAGCAUUUAUCGGUAGAACCACCCAGUAUUAAUCGAAAAUUAAAACCAACAUUAGCACAAAUUUCAACGAAGAAACAAUUGCAUUUAGCAUCACCGCCAGAUAAAAGGAAAAAUCGAGUCUUUCCGAAUUCACCAUCACCUGUUCAUGGAUACGGAAUAAGACAUCAUUCAACAUCAGAUGAAGAUAAUACCACAAAUGAUGACAAAGAAGAGCAGAUUUAUUAUUAUCAAGAUCAUGAUACUUUCAUUCCGGCAUCCGAUCGACAAUUGGUAGUUUUACAGUAUUUAGAUCUAGAUUUAGAAACGAAUGAUAAUUUCCAUUCAUCAUCUUUACCAACCACACAAGUGUCACCAAAUACCACAGUUUACAAAACUGUAGACUUUUUGAAAACGGAUGCUUUUAAUCGAACAAGACAACGUGUUGAAGAAGAAAGAAAACGUACAGAUUAAUUGAACUGAAUCAUUCUAAAUAUGAUUCUCUUUCUAAUCCAUGAAUUCUAAUAGAUGAACUAAUUUCAGUCCAAAUAGAUGAACAGUAUUUUUGGCUGUAAAGAUUGCGAAAAAGGUAAUCUUUACUUUUUUGUAUACUAUUUGUGUAUGUACAGAAUAUGAAUGAGCCCAAGUAGUACAAUUUUUUUUCUGUUGAUCAUUUUGCUCAAAUUUAAUAAAAAAAUUUAGAAAAGUUUAUAGCUUCGUAAAAAAUGAAAAUCAUAUUAAAGUGAAUAUAUUAAUAGGAUAAAAAUCUGACUACUAGGGAAGUUUGCUAAUGAAAAUGAUGCAGUGUUAUUUUUAUUAUUAAAUAUUUAUAAAAUUUUAUAUUAUUAUUACUUGAAAGCAUUUUUUGAUUCAAUCAUAUAUCUUAAUCAUAAAACAAUUUUUACUAUUUAGGUUUACUAAUUCUUACAAUCAAAUAUUAUGGUGAAUUUCCAUAGUAUUUAUAUCAUUUUAAGCUAAGUAUAAUGAAGUUCAAUAAAAUUGUAUAUUAUAUAAGGUUCUCUCUUAGAAAAUCUCAACGAAUCAAGAAAUGCCCGAUUUUUUUUUAUUAUUUUUCUACAACAUUUAAAAAUUUUACAGUUAAAAUAAAAUUAAAAUGAUCGACUGCCUUUAAUUAAAAUUCAUUUAAUUUAAUUGAAAACAGCUAUCAAGCUGUACCAAAAUGUACGUC